UGGGGGAACUGGAUUUUUAAAUAGCACCGGCAGCCCGUGAUAUGACGACUUCGUUGGUUCUGCAUCCACGUUGGGCGGAUACCUUCAUGUACGUGUAUGAAAAAAGCCCGCAUGAAAAUAAUCACAAUAAAAACUCAGCCAUGGAGGUACUAAGUGGAAAUUGUCCAGCGAGCCACUGCCGGGAUUUGAUCAACCACCACCACCCAGCUAUAGGUCGCCAUUCCGGGAGCAUUGCAACUCACCAAGGGUCGGUCUAUUCGGACAUUUCUUCCCCGGACCCCAGCAGGCAGUGCCCCGCACCCCAGACUUCUUCCAGCGCGCCCCUGGGCUACGGCUACCCCUUCGGAAGCCCUUACUACGGGUGCCGGCUGUCCCAUUCGCACAACGUGAACUUACAGCAGAAGCCUUGCUCCUACCACCCCGCUGAAAAGUAUGCUGAACCCAGCGGCGCUCUCCCCUCCGAGGAACUAUCGUCCCGGGCUAAGGAGUUCGCGUUUUACCCGAGUUUUGCCAGCUCGUACCAAGCCGUUCCGGGCUAUUUAGACGUGUCGGUGGUACCGAGCAUUAACUCCCACCCGGAACCGAGGCACGAUGCGUUGAUACCCAUGGAGGGUUAUCAGCACUGGGCGCUGUCGAACGGUUGGGACGGACAGGUUUACUGUACCAAAGAGCAAACGCAAUCGAGUCAUCUGUGGAAGUCGCCGUUUCCCGAUGUCGUCCCGCUGCAGCCGGAGGUAAGCGGAUACCGUCGCGGACGGAAGAAGCGGGUCCCCUACACGAAACUGCAGCUGAAGGAACUGGAGAAGGAAUACGCGGCCAGCAAGUUCAUCACUAAAGAAAAGCGGCGCCGCAUCUCCGCCAACACCAACCUCUCCGAACGCCAGGUGACGAUCUGGUUCCAGAACCGCCGCGUCAAAGAGAAGAAGUUUGUGUGCAAAUCCAAGACGUCACACGUGCCCCCCACUUGAUACCCUCACGCCCCCCCCCAGAGUGAUGGAUUUUAUUUCUCCCUACACCCCCCAACCAUCCAACCCACCCCUCCUGUGAAAUCAAGAAUAUUUAUCUCAUCAUCUUGUAUAAUUAAUCUGAUCUUUUUUUUCUUUUGAUCUUUUUUUUUUUGUAAAAUCUAUUUAAAAUAACGUUAAAGAGAGACCGUCUCCCUUAUAUUUUAUUAUAUAUAUUUUUGGGGGACAUGACUUUACAGCUGUGGACAUUCAGUUAUAUCAUUCAUUCAUUCAUUCUUUCAUUCAUAUAUAUAUAUAUACACACAUAAAUAAAUCAGUUGUGUGUAUUACAAGCAAAACAAAUCUAUGUUGUUAUUUUUUCUAGAUUAGUUUACACUCGUCAAAGGAUGUAGCAUUUUAUUCUUUAAAACAAAUACAUGAAUUGCAGUUUCUGAACUUGUGAAAAAACUUAUGAUUACUUAAAAAAAGAAGUAACCCAUCGGAAUUGCUGGUGCACGGCUGCUAAUGCAGGAACUGUGGAGCACGCGUCACGUGUUUAUCGUUAUUACAAAUUGAAACUUAAACUCGGGAUAAUUAAAUACAUAAUUAAAAUAAAGACUAACAAAUUGAAUAGAAAAUAUUCACACUUUUGGUUCAGUUUUUUUUGUAAAAUAGGUCUUAACUGAGCGCAGUUGUCCUUUAUGUGCGCUCUUUCUCUCCUGCUUUUCUUUUUGGUUUUGUUGUCUCGUGUAUUGGUGUGUGUAUUGUGAU